AAAAGGGGAAAGAUCAGGGGGCGGCGCCCUUUUUAUAUAUUGCUGGCUGUAAAAACGGAAAUGUGGCUAGGGCCAAAAUAGCAUUCCCGCAGUUUAUUGCGUCGUGCACAUACUCCGGGAUGCGUCGCUCCUCCCCCUGCCGCUGCGAGGCUUGCGCGCUAUAUAGGGAUGAUAUGCUCGAUUGGAGUGGCAACCAGCACUGUGCAAUUUGGCUGAAUGAUCCCAUGAAGUUUAAAUCAAGGAAUAGGGGUUUUUCUAGUUCCAUGAGACUGUUUCAUCAUAGAUUUUAUGGAAGCUGUACUCAUAACAUACGGCUGCGUUCGACAAACAUCACAUGUGAUUCCUGCCAUCCGCGAAAUCUAUCACAACAAUUCGCGAUCGGCAUUGCAGCGUUCUCGCGACGCUGCGAGUUUAGACUUCCUCUGGUAUAUUCAUCGCAGAUCGCGCAUGGGGCUAGGCCGCCACCAGCCUCUUGGGGAUCUUGGCUGCGGAUGGCUCUUUUCUUUUUUCGCCAGCAAAGCAAGGCUACCAUCAGCAAACGCAGUGAUUCAGGAACCGCUACUUCAGAAUGCUUUGUUGUAAUGUAAGGGUCCCUAGCGAGCUCCCUCUAUUGUUGCUUUUCAUUCGGCUAUUUGGAUUUUCAAGAUAGGCGCUGCGCACCUGGGGCUGCAUGCAUGCACUCCGGAGUGAACAUCUCCUGCACCGUGUCCCGGGACGUGUAAACAACCCGUCAUGAAAACGAAGGGGGUCUCUGUUCAGAUGCGUGAGAAUCUGCAUUGGGGUGAAAACAAAAUAUGACGUAUCGGAAAUGUGCCC